AUGGCGGAUGCAAGAACUGAAGAGAUUGGGAAAAGUGUAACCUGCUCUUCAUUAUUAAUGGGAUUAAAGUCGACUGUAGAGGGACUAUUAGCAAAUCAAAGUAUCAAUGUAUGGAAUAUAUAUGGUGGAUUAAAUAGAGUUUGUAAACAUGUUGAAGAUAUUUUACUGCAUAGAAUUAAAUUACAGGAAGAAAAAGCAGAUGACAAUCAAGUUAGUUAUUGGAAAUUUAUACAAGAAUUAAAAUGGUUGAAUCCUACAUUAGGACCAAAGAUAGAACUAAUUAUUAGAUGUAAUGAAAGUAAACAAGAUAGGUGUUUACAUUGGUUACGUGAUAGUUUAAAUGAUCAUACAUUAUCAUCGCAAUUACAUACAUUAGUCUGUAAUAAACAGCAUUUAUAUCAACACUAUUAUGACCCAAAUCAACCUCUGAAAAUGCUGAUAGUUGCUAUUUAA